AUGCUUCGCAAUCUUCUGGACUUUGAGCUUGAGGUCAUUGACGACGCCCUCCAACUCGGGACUCCAAGCAUUGAUGUCCGCAGCCACCACUUCGAGCUCCGCUACCCACUCAUCACGCUCGUCGGAGAUCUAUUGGAUGUGAACAACUUCGAGGUCGUAGAGGCGCAUGGUGACGUCUACUUCUUGGUUCACCCACACCGAUUCCAAAUUAGUGAGGCGCUGGUUGAUGACUACAGAGGGUUGGGCGAGCUCGGCGAAGUGGCAAUCAACAAUGACAUCAUGGGCACUGCAAUCACAAUUCAGAUCAGCGAAGCGUUGCUCCCACUUGGUGUCGUGAUCGUCGAAGCGACGGUUGAAAUUGUCGAGGAGAAACUUCAAACUAGGAUCCAUAGCAUCGAGCUUCCAUUGCCGGCGGGUGUAGUGGUCGUGGACGACAACGGCAGCAGGUCCAGGGUGAGAGACAAAGUGCGAAGAAAGGUGGGAAGAUUGAGAAGUCUGAUAUGA